AUGGCUUCUUCACCCGUCUAUUUUCCACCAUCUUCCACUAUCAAGUUUGGUAGUGCUACUGCUUUAUCUUCAAGUCAGUUUUCUGAAUCCGGGAACGGGUCAUCCAGAAGCGGUUCAAAGCAACUGCUGCUUCAGCCUCACUUUCCAGAUAGGUCUCAACGCCCCAAAACCCCAGGCUCCAGAUCUCAACCCGUCAGAUCCCCAGCCGAAAGCACUCCUCGCACCGUCAGACUGAUAAGCAACGAUAACUACUCCUACUCGCCAACCAACUUCUCAGUAUUCCCUGUCUUCGACCAGGAUACCCUCGACAUUGCACAAAACUAUGACCUUAUGGGAACAGGUAACCAAUGUGCUACUUGGGUCGAUGAUAAAAAAUUGCCAAACCGGCCUCCAAAUCAAUGGAGCCAUUAUCUUUUCCAUCCCCUUGCUGACGAGCUACCAAACCAUCAGCAAUGCCCUCUCCCAAAUUUGCCCACAUCAGACCCUAUUGUCGAGUAUCCAUCGCUAUAUGAAUCCAGUUCGUUCACCACCUUGAACGCUCCUUCUUCGCCUCCGCAGCAUCCAUUCACUUUUAACAGAUCAUAUAGCGGUAGCGAAGCAUCCAAAAUCCAAAUCUCAUCUUUUUUCGAAUUGGACGACUUUAGCGACAUCAGUGAGGCCGAAGCCAACGAAUUAGACGACGAAGACGACAACGACUUUGAGGCAGAAUUCGAAGAUCUGGGACCAGAUGCUUUCGAUUCGCCAUUGAUCAUGACAAACCUACCGCGCGAAGAAAAAGGAGCACACUCGCUUAAAACUGCUCCUUCGAAUACACAACCACAUUUGGAACUUAAAGGCUACGAGCCUGGAUUCGCUAACAUGGCCCAACCUUUUUCAGCCAUCGAGCCUUCUCCAACCCCUUCCACAGCUUCCCUUUGUGAAUCCACAUCAGGAACAACCGUUCUCUCAACCACCCCGCCAAGCUCCGUUGUCUCCAAAAAGAGAUUAUUUGACGAUGAAGACGAGAACUAUGAGUCCAAACCGGCAUUUGAUGACUUGCUCAGUUCGCUGGUGUUCGAUAUGGAGAGCAAGACGCACAGCCUAUUCAAAUCAUCAGUGAAAAUUCCAUUGCCCCCAUUUUCGAAAUCGAGAUAUAUGAAGAUUACGGAAAUGGCAGCCGCCAAAAACCUGGACUUGAACCAAGUUGAUGAGGUUAUCAAACUGUUCAAACUCAGAAACUUCGACAUCAAGCUCAAGAUUCUUUCCCGUGUGUUGGGGGAGAAUCCAGAACUUGAUACCUCAUACCCUACGCACACAGACGACAGAGGACUAGUGUUGACAGAAUCGUCCGAUGGUGGUUUGAAUAUCUUAGCCAAGACUUAUGCAGGACAUGAGGAUAGCAGCUUGAUUUUUGACAAUUCGAUAAUCUCCUGUUUUAGGGAUGUCAAAGAGUUUGCUAUCUAUUUCAAACAACCGAACGAUACUGCAUCCAAAGCGAGAAAAGCUUCCAAUCCUACAAAGAAGCAACGCGUGGACAACCCUGAAUCCACUUUGGAUGAUUCCAACGAAGCUCCUCAAUAUAUCAAGAGACCCCUGAAUUCUUUUAUGUUGUAUCGGACAACGAUAGUGAAAGCAGUUGUGUUGCUUUCGUUAAUAGACUCAUUAUCGUCGCACGUUUUUGGAAAAUUACGGAUGACUUAUUCAUCCUACGACCCCAAGGCAGAGCUGGAUUACCUCAAAGCCUUAUACUACAAUUUAUCCGAGCCACUCAUUCAUCAGCUUAGGCGGGAGUGUUUUAUCCACAAGUACAACCAUCAUCUUCUCAUUCAGAUCGUCGCUGUCAUGUGGUCGACCGAGAUCAACAGCGUGAAGAAGACGUUUGUUUCUCUGGCACAGUCUGAGAAAAAGAUUCACGCUAAAUGUUAUCCCAAUUAUAAAUAUCAUCCACAACGGAGAGGAUGA